UUAGUCAAUAUGGCUGCCACCAUGGAAAAGUAUAUUCUGUCUCGAAUGAGUAGUCUUCGGAAAUUAUAUUCAAUGUUUAAUUUCCGAAACAUUAAUGAAUUAACCUGUAUGUUCGUUGUUAUGUGUUUUUUGGUUGGCUCAUCGUUGGCAGACAACGGAUACGAGAUGGAAGACUUUUUAAAGAGGGAGUACUCGCUGACAAAGCCAUAUCAAGGGCUGGGCUCCUCCAGUUCUUCUCAUUGGGAUCUAAUGGGUACUGCAAUGAUCACUACCGAGACUGUUCGUCUGACCCCCGACUUACAGAGCAGGCAAGGAGCUGUGUGGAGCCGCAUUCCCUGUUACUUGCGAGACUGGGAGCUCCAGGUGCACUUCAAGAUUCACGGUCAGGGGAAGAAGAAUCUCCAUGGAGAUGGAAUGGCUUUAUGGUUCACCAAAGAACGCAUGCAAAUAGGUCCGGUGUUUGGGAACAUCAACCUGUUCACGGGCCUUGGGGUAUUUCUGGACACUUACCCCAAUGAAAACAAGAACCAUGAGAAGAAGCAAAAUCCUGCAACUCAGCGGGUGUUCCCAUACGUGUCAGCGAUGGUGGGGAACGGGACUCUGGCCUACGACCACGAUCGCGAUGGGUUGCCCACCGAGGUCGGUGGAUGCACCGCCCUGGUGCGCAACGUCAACCACGAGACCUUCCUCCUCGUCAGAUACUCCAAAAACAGGCUGACUGUAAUGCUGGACAUAGAUGGCAACCGCGAGUGGAAGGACUGUUUUGAUGUGUCAGGUGUUCGGCUGCCUCAAGGAUACUUUUUUGGAGCCUCCUCUGUAACUGGUGACCUCUCAGACAACCAUGAUCUCAUCUCCAUGAAGCUGUACCAGCUGAGCGUGGAGCGAUCUCUGGAGGAAGAGCAGGAGGAGGAGGUCACCGUCCCCAGUGUGGACAACAUGGGGCAGUUCAAAGUGGAGGUGCAGGAGGAGGGAAUGAGUGGAGUCCAACUCUUCUUCACCAUUAUCUUUUCCGUCCUCGGGCUCUUCGUCCUGGGCGUGGUCGCUGUCGUCGUGUACGGACGCUGGAAGGAGAACAGCCGCAAGAGAUUCUACUGAGACCCGAUCGAGCACUUGAGGACGAGAGGGAGUUUGAGAAUCCACACCUUUUUUUUUUCUUUUUUUUUUUUAAAUCAACAUACAGUGCGCCGAUCACUUUUCCUGACGUAGCUUUACCAAACAAAACCCCCUCGCUUCGAUACUUCGAUUGAGAAAACUGACCUCAAAAACCUGAACAACACAGCAGAAAGUACUGGAAAGUGAACCCGUUCAUUGUAAAUUUCCAUAAUCAUCUCAACCAGUUAUUUUCGCCUCAGUGUUAAAGGUCAUCUCUUACUGCUAUACUAAAGAGAAAGACCUAUUAGCUGCAAACUAGGACUGAGUGGCCGUAUCAACAUUUAGACAGUGAACAUAAUGGCUGUAACAAAAGUGCUCUGUUCUCUUUAUGUAAAUUGUUUCUGAUCUGUUUUGUGUUAUGCUUUCCAAUUGCACUGAUAUGAUGUGCCCAGUAUCAUGUGUCCAAUGGGUAAUGAGUUAUGUGUAUUAAGUGCCUAGUUCUGGACCUAAACUAGGUAUACCCUAACUUGUAGUGAUGGUUUGAGGAACCUUGUCUUUGUGAAACUAUAUUUUCAUUGUCUCCCAUUUCAAUGUACCACUCAGUUAUUCAUGUCUACCUUAGUUCUCUGUUAGAUCUAUACAUUGGAGAUGAACAAAACAAAUUUCAAUUAUGUAAACUUUAGUUGUUUUCCCCGUCAGUUGUAAUGCGGAGCAUACCGCUAAUGUAAUCCUGCAGAAAGUUUGUUGUAAAGCUGUUAUCUUACCAGUGAAGGAUGAGCAUAUUUAUUCUAAUUGAUUAAUGUAAUGCCUUUUAUAAUUCACUCUUGUCAAUCCAUUAGUUUUGCCAAUUGAAUCAGUUAGGGUUAGUUUUUUUUGCUGUGAAAGUAUUCAUUGUUUUUCAUCGUCUUUGUAUGUAGUUUUGUGAAAAGAAAAGCAUAGGGUCUCCAGUGUCGGAUGCCCAGGCUCACUGAAGGUGGUGUAAAGUUUCAAGUGCAUUGGAUACCGUUUGCUGUCUCGACGCUGUAUAGAUCUUCUCCGGACACUCAUUUGCCGUUGCCUUACCCAAAAUGCGUUGGUCCUGAAUUUAUGGAAGGGACCUCGCGUAUUGCCACAUCCAAAAUGUUUACUUCAAUGUUGUCCCUUUUUAUAGCUCAUCACUGGACAGUAUGAUGGGGAUUCCUGUGGUUUGAGAGGAUAAUUUAUUGUGUCCUUUCCUGAGCCAUCUUGUUGUGACACAAAUGCGUGAUUAUUUAACCCUUUAUGAUCGGGGGUGAUGAAAAUGUGAACGCUUAUAGGGUUUCAUCAAAGCUUGUUUUAAAUCUAUAGCUGGAUGUUCUUUUGUUAGUCUUUAAUGAGAAUGAGCACUGGUGUGUUACUGUGUCAAACCCUUUUUGAAUAAACCUUUGUAUGAUCUU